AUGGCAGACACCAACUCACCCAACAAGAAACUGAAAGCAGACCACACCAACGGCUUAGAGCCCACCAACAACAACGACGACUCCCUCAUCACCUCCACCGACCCCUCCCAUCCCGCAAAUUACAUCUCCUCCCUCUGCCGCCAAUUCUACACCCACGGCUGGGUCACCGGCACCGGCGGCGGCCUGUCCAUCAAACAUGGAAAGCACGUAUACCUCGCGCCCUCGGGUGUGCAGAAAGAGCUCAUGAGGCCUGAAGAUAUGUUUGUCAUGGACCAUGAGAGCGGGGAGUAUCUGCGGCGGCCGAAGGCUCUCAAACCCUCCGCCUGCACACCCCUCUUCCUCUCCGCCUUUACGCAACGCGGCGCUACAUGCUGCAUUCAUACCCAUUCCCAAUGGGCCGUCCUCAUCACCCUAAUCUGCGAAGCCGGCCUGCAGAACCACCCCGACGGCUCUAGCAGAGACUGCUUCGCAAUCCGCGAAAUCGAGCAGAUCAAGGGAAUCUCCCGCGGCGGUGUCGGAUCUCAAGUCAUUCUCGAGGGCGGACGUAAGGCAGGCAAUUUGAGCUACUUUGAUACCAUGAAGAUUCCGAUUAUUGAGAAUACCGCGCAUGAGGAGGAUUUGAAGGAUACGUUGGAGAAGGCUAUGGUGGAGUGGCCGGAGACGUGUGCGGUGUUGGUUAGGAGACAUGGACUGUAUGUGUGGGGGAAGGAUGUGGCGCAGGCGAAGACGCAGUGUGAGAGUUUGGAUUAUUUGUUUCAGUUGGCGGUGGAGAUGCACAAGAUGGGGUUGAAGUGGGUGUAG